CUGAGCUUCAGUCUCUUUGUUGAACGGUAGAAUCGCGUCGAGGACAAAUGAAGUCGUUCGUCUUUCUGCUUCUCGUGUUUCCUCCGACAGACGCCAUGACGCCGUACGACCCGCAGCUCUGCUACAUCCUGGACGGUUUCCUGGGCCUGUACGGACUCAUCAUCACCGGGAUGUUCAUCAAAGAGAAGUUCUUUAAAUCCAAAGUGAAGUGGGAAGAGAACCAGGAACCGGACGGAGCCGACGGCGGCUACACGGGACUCAUGAGAGACACCGAGCGAGGACGCAACCGCUGGCUGACCGAGGACUCCACCUACCAGGACUUGAACCGAGCAACAGACGGAGACUAUAAAGAACUUCCUGUCAAACGAGAGCGAAAGAAAAAGAACGAGCAGAUUUAUCAGGGUCUGAGCUCGGCCACCAGAGACACCUACGACGCUCUCCAGAUGAUGCCACUUCCUGCUCGUUAACUCCGCCCACUCAUCGUGGAUCCUCUUCUUCUUUAUUCAAACUGUUGCUUUGUUUUUUCCAGUUUGUUUUUAUCAGUAUUUCAUUAGAUUUCAAUAGAUUUUUCAUCAUUUGAUAUUUUACUGAGAAGUUUUGCU